AUGACUCGUCGCUCGCAACCUCUUCAGUCUCCGGCGCGCCGAGCACCUACAGAGGUCAAUGCCUGGAUACUGGGAAGCAGUAUUGCGUCAUUAGCAUCGGCUGUGCACUUAAUUUGUGAUGCAAAAGUCCCCGCAUCUCAAAUUCAUAUCUUCGAGUCCCACAGUGUAGCUGGAGAUGGCAUGAUCAGUACUGGGAAUCCAGUAGCUGGCUAUGACUAUCGAGCUGGAUGUAUGCCGACUUUUAGUGACUCCAGCAUGAGAAGGCUGCUCGCCUUGGUGCCUUCGACUACCAGCUCUAACAAGUCGCUGUUAGAGGACAUAGAGCGUUUUAAUGUUGAGAAAGCCUCCCAGGAAUCUCCGACCACACUUGUGCUGACUCGAGGGAACUAUCGGCUGGAGAUAUUGGAGACCAAAAAAUUUGGCGUGAAGCUCAAAGAUCGGAUUGACUUAGUGUCGCUCAUGUUAAAAACCGAGAAAUGCCUAGGUCGAAAACGAAUCGAGGAGCUGUUCGAUAAACGCUUUUUCAACAAUUAUUGCAAUACUGAUGAAGGAAACAACAGAUUUAGUUUCCAGCCGUGGCACUCUGCUGCUGAAUUUCGUCGAUGCCUUCGAGGCUACUUGUCUGACUUUCGAAGCCUAAACACAAAGAAAAUACUCGAUUGCACUCGGUACAACAAUUAUGAGUCUAUUGUUGUUCCAAUCGUUCAGUUUCUUCAAAAUCAAGGAGUCGAUUUUCGAUUCUGCCAUAGAGUCACAGAUAUUGAAACACAUUCGGCAAGUGGCGUUGAAUCAGUUUCGGCAAUCCAUACAGUGCAGAACGGCUUGGAGGGGGUUAUAAAGGUCUGUCCAACCGACCUUGUUAUUGUUUCUAUUGGAUCUAUCACAUCCGGCUCGUCGAGCGGCACCAACAGAUCAUCACCGCCGCCAAGUUCCAUGGAACCGGAAAUCGCACUUGACGAGAACUGGUCAUUGUGGCUAAAUUUGGGGACGAAAAAUCCAAAAUUCGGCAACCCUUAUAACUUCUGCACUCACGCACGUGGGUCUAGAUUAGAGACCUUUACUGUCACACUCAAAGGUGCUGAGUUCUUUGACCGUUUCUUUCAAUUGACAGAUAACAGGCUGGGCUUGGGGACCCUAGUGUCUUUCAAGCGUAGCCACUGGAUGAUUAGCUUGUGUAUACCGCAUCAACCAUUCUUUUCCGAUCAACCAAACGAUGUGCACGUGUUUUGGGGCUAUAGCCUUCUUCCUAGUCAUGAAGGCAACUUCGUGAAAAAGCCAAUGAUCCUUUGCUCGGGAGAAGAGAUAAUGACUGAACUGUUAUGGCAUCUCGAUUUCCCCAUGGAACCGAUACUGAACAACUCCAUUACAGUUCCAUGCGUGAUGCCUCGCAUGUCAGCGUCACUGCUACCUCGAACGAUUACGGACCGUCCCAGUGUAAUUCCAGAGAAUAUGACUAAUCUCGCUUUGGUUGGUCAAUUUGUGGAGAUAGAAGAUGCGACUGCCGUAAGCAUGGAUUAUGGUGUGCGAGGGGUUCAAGUAGCAUUGAAUCGACUGAUGUGUAUCGAAGGUCCGCCGGUAAUAAGAAGGGGCCUGCAUGCUGCUUUCUCACCUUUCUGGAGAUAA